AUGCUUGCAAUGUCUCGUCAAAUUGAAGAAGAAAUACAGGAUUCUCUUGAAGAUUUGAAUAACACUGAAGAACAGGUUGAGGAAUCUGAUAUUAUGUUUUCAUCAGCAGAUAGUCAGGAAAUGCUUGAUUUGGUGGAAAGUUUGGAGAUAAAAAGGAAAAAUAUAGCCCAUCCUAUCGUGACAGCUAUCUUACAAAUAAGUCUAAUUUCUCAAAUAAUGGAGAUUACUCACCAUCUGAGGGGUCAGAAUACAAACCUGAAGGUCAUACUAAACAUAACAGAAAAAAUGUGUAUUGCAAUCGUAGCCGCUCUUCCAGUUCGUCAGAUUCUUUUAGUUCUGACAGUAGCUCAUCUAGUUCAAGUGACUCUUCAAGUAGCUCAUCCAGUGCAGAUAACUCCUCAAAAAACAAUGGAGCUAACCAGCAACCAAGUUCUAUUAUUGAUCGUGAGUGAAGAUCGUUCUGAGCAAGAAACUAAUAAAAGACAGUCUAGAAAACGGCAGAGAAAUCCAAACGAGUGGAAGCAAGCUCUUUCAAAGCGUCUCAAAAAGUGUGGCAAGGAGUAUAUUACAAAAAGAGGACAGACUGUUCCAGCUAAAUCUCUAGGUCCACCAUGCAAAAGCUCGUGCCGACUUUCGUGUUCUACCAAAGUUCUACCUGAAAAGAGGAAUGAUAUUUUUAAAUCAUACUGGGCAUUAGGCACCCACCAAAGACAGAGAUUUUCUGGCAUCCUGCGUAAAAAGACAAACGCCUGCAACCCGAAGACUCAAGAUUAG